GCAGCGCACAAAUUUUGUGAGCGGUCCACUUCGCAUCGCUUCGCAACUAAUGUGAACCUGGCGUUUGGCUGUUCCCCCAGCAACCCAACUCCAGUUAAACAGAAGAGAAUGGAUAAAUGAUAUAACGCUAAUCAGUGAAGCUUAAGUCUGAAUCAAUUAUGACACCAAGAUUUCUAGCCUGGGUAAUUGGCUAGCACAGCUCAGCAGAACACCAUUAUAGCUUCUUCUGGGGAGAAAAACACUUAGAGAAAAAAUAAAGUUAACAGCUGAAAUUGCAGGAAAUAAUACAGUUAAAGAGCGGAUUGUAGAAGAAAGUAGUCGAGUGUAGAAAGGGGUCAGUGUAUCCUCCAGCAGUCUAAGCCUAUAGCAGCAUAACUACAGAGAUAACUCUGAUAACCUUGCCUUUUAGAUGUAGGCAUGUUGGAGGCAGGGCAAGGGAGGGCCGUCUUUACCGACUGUACACUCCACCUCCCUCUACUCCCCCACUUGUCCAGAUCUAGGCUAACAUCAGAUUUUAACCAUAGGCCCUAUCAAAUAAAAAUGUUUUAAGCCUAGUCUUAAAAGUAGACAAGGUGUCUGCCUCACGGACUAAAGCCGGGAGUUGGUUCCACAAGAGAGGAGCCUGAUAACUAAAAGAUCUGCCUCCCAUCCUAUUUUUAGAUAUUCUGGGAACCACCUAAACAUCUGCUCAAAGUCAGCUGGGACACCACAAUCCUAUUAUACACAAAACAGCUAGUUCAUUCAGUACAUAUUAUUGCUAAAUCUCACAAAAACAGACAAAAUAAAAACACCUUUGCUCAAACAAACUGUUCAAGUGUCCAAGUCCUUCCCUAUAUGUAGCCGAGCCUUGGUCCAUCCUAUUGGUGCUCCUGCAGUUAGGUUUGAGUGGUAGUAGUCCUUUACACCUGUUCAGUUUACAGUCUGUUGUAUAACUCCAGUCACAUUUAGAGCCCAGUGCCACAAUGCUACUGCCUACUUCUGACAUUUAGACUUUUAAAGAGUCCGAUAUCUUCUGGUGAAAGCUUGGUAGAGGUUCAUCACACAGGAGGAGCACUAAUCACCAAGUCGUUGAAUGCUUUUCUCAUUUUUUACAUUCUUGCUUCUCAUGCUUUGUGUUAAAAACAGCUGAAGACAGGCUGGAUUAACUGGGUUUGAGCUAUACUACUUGAUGUUUUAUUCUGUUUCUAAUUCUGUGAAGGGCACUAUACAAACAAAAGUUUACUUACUUCAGGGGUAUCUAAAAUAUUCUAAACGAGAGCCUAAAUCACCAAGGUACAGCUUCUUGUAGGCCACAUAAAUAUACAAAAAAAUGCAACAUUCAAAUAUUUCUUUGUUCUGAACUUAUUUGUACUGGUCAAGAUUAUACUUCAUUCAUAAAAUUGUCAGUCGGCAUGCAAAUUUUGCUGGAGAGACAACCGUUUACAAAAAUGCAACUGCAGGUCACACAAAUUCACUUGGGAGGCCACAAUGGCCUGUGAGUCGCACAUUGGACUUGCCCGACUUCCAUACCAACUGUUCCUCAGCCAUCCUCAAUCAAUGCUUUUGAGGCUGUUCAGUGAUCUGCCUGAAGUAAGGAGGGAACGUGGAAUUAUGUUCAUCGUUCUGGCUCUGCUGGUGCUAGGGUUUUGUAGAUGGCCAGAAGGAUGUUCCAGCAAAAUAUUGUGGUGCUUUUGUAAACCCAACAAGACUCAGAGACUUGUCUACCUGGAAAACAAAAACCCUAAACACAAGCUAAACAAGCUGAGUCCAGCAAGGAACGUUCUGACCUCUGUGAUGGCGAAACUAAACAGAAGAGCAAGAUCAUCAGGCCAUCUCAAAGACGAGGGAUGCUGAGGAAGACUAUAAGUAAGAGUGGUGCUAAAUAUAUCCUUAAUUUGUGAACCAAAACCAGGCAUUUCUUGGAAGUAUUCUGGGACUCAGACAAUAGUUGACACCUUCAAGCACUGUAGCUUGGAACAUGUAGAUGUUAAAAUGUCACUAAGUUCCAGAGCAAACUCCUGCCUUCAGGAGGCCCCCAGGUCGACCCAGGACACGUUGGAGAGGUUACAUCUCCAAUCUGGUCCGGGAACGCCUUGGGGGUCCUGCCGGAUGAGUUGGUGGAGGUGGCCGGGGAGAGGACGGUCUGGAGCUCCCUAGUUGGGAUGCUGCCCCCGCGACCCGGACCCAGAUAAGCAGAGGAAGACGAGACGAGACAAGACUCUGUUAGAACCAUUCCUGGAUGUUGUCUGCAUCAGUUGGUUAGUUCUUUGCAGCAUUGGUCUGAUGUCUACUGCUAACACGCUUCCUUGGUGGGACUGUGGACUUUGAGCAUUGAGAAAAAUGUGAUGACUCCGAGCAGAGCACUAGGUAGUGAUGGACCCAAGACCACAUGGUUGGUUAUUGAAAGCUGAAAAGGUUUGUGUCCUCUGGGCUCAGUGUCUAGGGCUGAUCUCUUGGUUACCACUAAUCCACAAGCAACAAUACAUUAAAAGUAUGGGUUUUAACAUUUUAUCUUGACUAAGCUGAUAAGAAUAAACAAACUCAAACACAGUCCUGAGGCUCUAAGCGCUGCUGUAUCACCAAGCUGGUUAACAUCUCUGCUGUCCUGCCCUAGUGAUGAUCUGGGACGACUUGAAGAAGAAGACAGUGAUUGAGAUAGAGUUCUCCACUGAAGUCAAGGCUGUGAAGCUUCGUCGUGACAGGAUUGUGGUUGUUUUGGACUCAAUGAUAAAAGUGUUCACCUUCACUCACAACCCCCAUCAGCUUCAUGUGUUUGAGACCUGCUACAACCCCAAAGGUCUGUGUGUGCUGUGUCCCAACAGCAACAACUCUCUGCUGGCUUUCCCAGGAACUCAUUCAGGUCAUGUGCAGAUAGUAGACCUCGCCAACACAGAGAAGCCUCCCGUUGAUAUCCCAGCUCAUGAGGGAGCGCUGUGCUGUAUCGCUCUCAACCUGCAGGGCACCAGAAUAGCCACAGCCUCAGAAAAAGGGACUCUGAUCCGAAUCUUUGACACAUCUGCAGGUCAGCUUCUUCAAGAGCUGAGACGAGGCUCACAGGCAGCCAAUAUCUACUGCAUUAAUUUUAAUCAGGAUGCAUCCCUCAUCUGUGUGUCCAGCGACCACGGCACAGUGCACAUCUUUGCUGCAGAAGACCCUAAAAGGAACAAGCAAUCAAGUUUGGCAUCUGCCAGUUUUCUUCCUAAAUAUUUCAGUUCAAAGUGGAGCUUCUCCAAGUUCCAGGUCCCGUCAGGGUCUCCUUGUGUGUGUGCCUUUGGAACGGAGCCCAACGCUGUCAUCGCCAUCUGUGCUGACGGCAGCUACUACAAGUUUCUGUUCAACCAGAAGGGGGAGUGUUCCAGAGAUGUCUACGCUCAGUUCCUGGAGAUGACUGAUGAGAAAAUUUGACUUCUGUAUACUUCCUUGUUCCAUGUUUUUUUGUUUGUUUUUUAAGGAGGGGGAGAGGUUCCACAUUGCACUUCACCUUCAGCUGACAGACUGUCAAGGAGCAUCAGAUAAGUGCAGGGUGAAGGAACCUGAGCAGACUUUGGAACUGGACCCCAGCAUAGCUGUUCCAUUUGUAGACAGACCAACACUUGCUUCACUCCCCAAACAAACAAAAGUGUCUUUAAAGUAAAAUGUCUUCCGAUGAGUUUACGAAGGACCUAGAUGAGUGUGUGGACUAACCAAACAACAGGGUGACCAGAGAGAAUCUGUAUGUUUCACUUGUAUGCUGCUUUAAUACCAGUGGGUCAUCAGAGGGAGAAGAUCUCAGCUGAUCUGGGGUUUGGUUCUGUUUUUGUUUUGAAGAGGGUGCCCUUGUUUGUGUCUGUGAGCAAGACUGGCAUGUAAUUUACAGCUGUACAGAAAAGUAACUAACAUUUGUUUUGCUUUUCUUUUUUGUGCAAUAAAUCAUUUCUGUAAAUAA